AUGCAUCAUCUUACUAUAUGUGCAGGCGCACCGGCAAGGACAGUUGGAUGGCGUGAUCCCGGAUAUAUACAUAGCAGCUUUCUGAAAGAUUUGUGGCCGAAUAGAAUGUACACCUACAAAGUGGGGCAUAGAUUGUUCAACAAUACAUACAUUUGGAGUGGAGAAUACCAGUUUAUAGCAUCUACAUUUCCUGGUCAGAAAUCUUUGCAACGUGUAGUCAUUUUUGAGGAUAUGGGAAAGGAUGAAGCUGAUGGCUCUAAUGAAUACGACAAUUUCCAGCCGGACUCUCUAAACACUACUAAACAGCUUAUCAAAGAUCUGAAAAAAAUUGACAUAAUCUUCCACGUUGGAGAUAUAUGCUAUGUUAAUGGUAUCCUUCGAAGUUUGAAGGUUUCCGAUGAUGUUUCGAAGUCUCCGAUGACCGAGAGAUGGCCAUUUAUAGGCCUCGUCGGUGUCUUCUUCGGACCAGUUAAAGGAAUGGCCCUCGGUGAGUCACCGAACUACGGUGGUGACUCACCAUAG